GAGAAUAGGGUUUAAAUGAACACUGUACUUUUAUUAACCAAUUAAAAUUAAUGAAACGUGGCUUCUUCUCUCUGUAAUUUUCAAUAUUAUAAGCCAUAAUAGUCGCAGACGAGCAUAUCGAGGGAGAGACGAGGCUGUGAUUUUGAUUCUUCAAGUCUUCGAUUGAAGGAGAAAGAGGAGAAGAUGGCAGGUGAUUCACAGUCAUUUUUUAGGAAGCACUGGGAAGGUUACAAGGAGUUUUGGGGUGAAAGAUUUUCCUUUCUCGACAAUUAUUCAAGGUUUAUCAAGCGCGAUAAGCCUCUUCCUUCUUGGUCUGCUUCUGAUGUUGAAGAGUUUAUUGCUUCAGAUCCUGUUCAUGGCCCCACUCUGAAGACUGCUAGGGAAGCAGCGCAGUUUGGUCUUACAGGAAGUAUUAUCGGAGCAGUAUCAACUGCUGGAGUUGCCUGGAAAUAUUCAAGGAGUUUACAUGGUGCUGGGCUGUCCUUUCUUGCUGGAGGUGUUUUUGGUUGGACCUUUGGACAGGAAAUUGCAAAUCACUGGAUGCAACUCUACAGGUUGGACACCAUGGCUGCACAAGUUAAGUUCAUGGAGUGGUGGGAGAAUAAAUGUGAUGGGCGGUCGUAAGUUUGCAGGUCGUCGAAUGUAGUUUUAUGAUGUCUGUUCCCCUUGUCAACAAUAAUAAUUAAAUGUCCCAUGUUAAAUAUGUAAUGGUGGUUUGCCUUACUUCUGUUUGAUGGAAUUCUGAAAAAUUUUGAUGGGAUGCACAUUCAAAUUUCCUUUCAUGGAAUGGAAACCGGUGAUAAUGCAGUUUGUUAGCAGUUUAUUUUGUUCA